GACGUAGUUACACAUGCGCAAAUCACUUUGUUCUGAGGAAUUAUCCAUCCUUUAUGCCGUUUAUACGUGGUCUCUUAAGUGGAUUUUGUGUGGGAUUUUGUCCGUCACAGACGUCAUUUGCUGUGAUGCGCAUCGCACUGCGAUGACCCUCUUUGUGCAUCUCGAUAACGUGCUAUUUGGCGUGCUCUUCCUGUUUCUGCUUGCGCCGCCAGCCGAUGGUUUUUCUUAUGAAAAUUUGCCCGCGGUUGCAAUGGAUUACAAGGUGCACAUCGACGCCGGCAGGGAGGACUGUUACUAUCAAUAUGUAAACCCCGGGGCGACAUUCUACGUCAGCUUUCAGGUCUUGCGAGGUGGGGAUGGAAAAGCUGGUUUUGCAGUAAGAAAUCCAGAGGGGAUUAUAGUAUAUCCUUAUCAAUGGCGUACCAAUGCCGACUAUCAGGAUCAAUCGGUGAACGGUGGUUAUUAUAGUGUGUGCAUUGAUAAUCAGUUUUCAAGAUUUGCUGCAAAAUUAAUCAAUUUGUAUAUCACAGUGAUCAGGUAUGAUAAAUGGCAGCAAUAUACACAGGAAUUGGAAGAAUUGAAUCUUUCCGUUGAGAACUUUACGAAUACAAUUGUGAAUGUAGAGAAAAACAUUAAUGAGAUGCUUCAUACUCAACAUUGGAGCAGGAGCAGAGAGGCAAGAGACUUAAAUUUGCUGUUGGACAAUAAUUCUUAUGUGCAAACGUGGUCAAUCGCGCAGGUAGUCGUCAUUACAUUGACGACUAUGAUUCAAGUGUACUUCGUUAGGAAGUUAUUUGAUAUAAAACCAUCUGGGCAUUCCAAGACACGUAUUUAACACUGAUGCAUUACAGCCAGUUAUUUGCUCGAUAAGAGAGCAGCGUUCAAUAUGUAUUGUGAUAAACUUAUUGUAUCAAUUGUUCUAUAUCAUCAAUUGAUUAAUGAUAUGGUAUUAAUCAGUUGACGGUAUGAAUCAAUUAAUCAAUGUUUAUUAUUGAUUAAUCAAUUGAUAACGCGUUCAUAAUAGAUAAUGGCAUAAAUUAUAACACAUAAAUGACUCCAUUAAUAAAUUUUUAAUUGCUGUUUUGCAGCAAUAUUUUAUCAAUUGAUACAUUUUUGCGUUAUUUUUAUGCCAUUAUAAUCUUUAUAUGCAAUGACUCUUUAGAAACUGUUUGAAUCUUGAAAACAUGAGAUACAAAAAAUUCAAAAAUUUACUGGUUAUAAAUUUCUUGAGUAAUAUACAUUUGAACAAAAAGCCUCAAAUAAAUGAAAAAUUUUCCUGUUCGUGAAAACGUAAUGAAGUAUUCAUAUACAUGAGAUUUUGUAUUUUCUAUUAAAAGCAUAAUUUAUGCUAAUUAAUACUAUUUUUGAUAAUUUUUAUAGAUUUCUAUUUCAGAAUAUUUUCUCUUUUUAAUUGUCUAUUAAUAAUAAAAGUUUAAUAAUAUAUGAGUUGAGUCUUUUAUAUAUUAUAUAAGACUGUUUUGCAAUUCGCAUUUGUAGAAAUUAUAUGUUCAAUAGCCAUUUUAACUUAUUUCUACUUUUGUUUUUAAUUUCAUUCUUAUGCUCGAUCAAGUUGAACAUAUUUAAGAAUAAAGAAGUAUAUGAAAUAACGUUUAUAUUGUAUUUGUAUAAAAAUAUAAUAAAUAAUGCAUACUUUUGUUACAA